AUGUCUGCUCCCGCUACUGUUCAUGUCUCGGGCAUCUCGCCCGCAACCUCCGAGAAGGAGGUUCGCGACUUCUUCAGCUUCUGUGGCAAAAUUGUCUCUCUGUCCAUCACCCCCGUCUCGUCCGAGGCCGACGCGCACAAGUCCGCGUCAGUGACUUUUGAGAAGGAGGCAGCCGCUAAGACCGCCCUCCUCCUGGACCAAACCCAAUUGGGCACCUCCGCCGUGCACGUCGAAGCCGCCCACAACAUCGACGAGCUCGCCGGCUCCAAGGCCACCACGGCCGACACCAAGGAAGACGAGACUGACAUCUCGCAGGAGGACAAGCCUCGCUCGCGCAUUGUCGCCGAGUACCUUGCUCAUGGCUACGUCCUCAGCGAUAACGCCAUCACCAAGGCCAUCGCUCUCGACCAGAAGCACGGCUUCACCAGCCGUUUCACCUCCGCCCUGAGCAACUUCGACAAGAAGUACAACGCCACCGAGCGCGCCAAGGGCCUCGACCAGAGCUACCAGAUCAGCAACAAGGCCACCAGCGGCUGGCACGGCCUGAGCUCGUACUUCGAGAAGGCCCUUGAGCACCCCACCGGCCAGAAGAUCCGUGACUUCUACGCUCAGACUGAUAAGCAGGUUCGCGAUAUCCACUCUGAGGCUCGUCGCUUGGCAGACUUGAAGCAGGGUAAGAGUGGUGAGGCAGAGGGCUCUGCUGCUGCCCCUGAUAUUCCUACCCCUGUUGCUGCUGAGGCCGCUGCCCCGGUUACCCCUGCUGCUCCUUCUGAGUCUAUCGCUGCUGUUCCUCCCCAGGAACCUAAGGCUUAG